AGAAAGGCCGCGCUUGGGGCGGGAUCGGGUCGCUUUUCCCCUCCCUCCGGAAGCGUAACACUGAGCGCGCCUGCGCAAUGGGCGCCAGGUCCGCUCUUUCUAGCGUCGGGUAGUUAUUGUGCUUUCUGUUCCAGAAUAGGAGGGUUGGGUGCAGAGGCUUAUUCGCCUUUCUUUUCCACCCAUAGCUUCCCUGCCUAUGUGCCCUAAAAGCUGCUGCUGUUGCGGAGCCAGACAGUUACUGCUUUAGCUCUAGGAUGCAUGCUCUUCCGCAGGAAGCUCUUCGAAGGGACCAAGGCAGUUGAAAAAACAGUGAAAUGGAAAGCACAUGUUGUGGUCUUCCAGUGUUAUGCUCCUGGUCAACAAUGUAUGCAUUCCUGCUAGGGGUGGUAUUCAUUGCUUUAAGCUCAAGUCGCAUCCUACUUGUAAAAUAUUCAGCCAAUGAAGAAAACAAAUAUGAUUAUCUUCCAACUACUGUGAAUAUGUGCUCAGAACUGGUGAAGCUGGUUUUUUGUGUGCUUGUGUCUUUCUGGGUUAUAAAGAAAGAAGAUCGUCAGAAUAGAACCUUAAGAUGUGGUUCCUGGAAGAAAUUCUUUAAUAUCAUGAAGUGGUCCGUUCCUGCCUUUCUUUAUUACCUGGAUAAUUUGAUUGUCUUCUAUGUCCUUUCCUAUCUUCAGCCUGCCAUGGCUGUUAUCUUCUCAAAUUUUAGCAUUAUAACAACAGCUCUUCUAUUCAGGAUAGUGCUGAAGAGGCAUCUAAAUUGGAUACAGUGGGCUUCCCUCCUGAUUCUGUUUCUGUCUAUUGUGGCCCUCACUUCUGGGACUGAGACGUCACAGCAUAACCUGGUAGGGCAUGGAUUUCAUCAUGAUGCCUUCUUCAGCCCAUCCAAUUCCUGUCUUCUUUUCAGAAGUGAAUGUCCCAGAAAAGACAAUUGCACAGCAAAAGAGUGGACGUUUUCUGAGGCUCGGUGGAACACCACGGCCCAGGUUUUCAGUCAUAUCCGUCUUGGCUUGGGCCAUAUUCUUAUUAUAGUCCAGUGUUUUAUUUCUUCAAUGGCCAAUAUCUAUAAUGAAAAGAUAAUGAAGGAAGGGAACCAGCUCACUGAAAACAUCUUCGUACAGAACAGCAAACUCUACUUCUUUGGCGUUUUUUUUAAUGGACUGACCCUGGGCCUUCAGAGCAAUAACCGUGAUCAGAUUAAGAACUGUGGGUUUUUUUAUGGCCACAAUGCGUUUUCAGUAGCCCUGAUUUUUGUAACCGCAAUCCAGGGCCUCUCAGUGGCUUUUAUUCUGAAGUUCUUGGAUAACAUGUUUCAUGUCAUGAUGGCCCAGGUCACCACUGUCAUCAUCACAACAGUGUCUGUCCUGGUCUUUGACUUCAGGCCCUCACUGGAGUUUUUCUUAGAAGCCCCAUCAGUUCUUCUCUCCAUAUUUAUUUAUAACGCCAGCAAGCCUCAAGGUUUUGAAUAUGCACCCAGGCAAGAAAGAAUCCGAGAUCUAAAUUGCAGCCUUUGGGAGCGCUCCAGUGGGGAUGGAGAAGAACUGGAAAGACUUACCAAACCCAGUGAUAUUGAGUCAGAUUAAGAUACUUUCUAAGUGGUACCCAAAUAGUUGGCAGUUCUUACAAACCUUAUUUGCACAUUUUAAGCAUGUAUGAUAUUUAUCUUUGCAUUUUGAUAAACCAAGAACCUUUCUAAAGCGUAAAACUCUUUGCAUAUAUCUGACCACUCCCUAAGUAAUUCCAGCCAAAGUUUAGAGUACCCAAAGGCUAAAAAGUUCCAAGGAACUGACAUAAGAGUAAUAAUGUAGAGACUGCAUUAAUGGCCCGGUAGGUCAACAGGUUAUAUUCGCAGAUUAUUUUCUUUGUUUCUCCAAGGUUCCAAAAAACUUGUAAUAACCAUGUGAGCUGUACCCUAUUAAUAUGCAAAUGGAUACCAGUUUGCCAGAUAUUCAUAAUUAUGUAGUUUGCUUGGCAUGCCAUAGUCUUCCCUUUUCUAUCAUCAUAAAUAUUACCUAAGUUGUCCCUUAAAUUUUGACACCAUGGAGAUAGUCAUUUUGCAGUUAAAAAGCAGUGUGACUCCUCAAAAGUUUGUUUGAAGGAUUUUAAUAACUGCCCACAACAUUGAUUUGAAAGUAAUGUCUGUGCUAAAUAUUUUGCCAAAGAAAAAUUUUCAACAAAAUCUCAGAAUUUUAGUUUUUAGCAAUUCCUACGGAAUUUGAUUUUUAGUGACUAUCUUUUGAUGUUUUUCUGCACCAAUAAGCUUCAAUUUAGGUGAAAGUUAGUGCCUAUUCACCAAUUAUUUGUAUUUUCCAUCACCUAAACCAGCCAUGGUAGAUUUUUUCUCGGCUUGACCACAUUACUCUUGAAUUAUUCUAUUUUGGAGAACUAAUAAGCCAUUUUAAUUAGUUCUUAAAUACAACUUAUGAUUAUUAUAUAUUUUUAUAUCAUAUUUUGUUCCUAAAGUUUGAGGCACUGGCUUCAGAAUCAUGCCAGAUUGUCAGUAUGACUAAUGCUGAAGCGUUCCUUUUUUUUGUUUUUUGGUUUUUUUUUGCCACAACCAUGGCAUAUGGAAGUUCCCAGGCCGGGGAUCCUAUCCAAGCCACAGCUUCGACCUGUGCCACAGCUGCAGCACCUCUGGAUCUCAACCCACUGCACCGCAGUGAGGACUCCAAGAGUUCCUUUUAAAAGAGUCAUUUUGCAAAGAAAUAACUUUUAAUGAAAUGUGAAUAGUGUCACUGUAAAAAGAGGAAGGCCAGUAAUAAAUCAUCUUAUAGUAACUCUAUUUCACGCUUAAACUGCAUGGUAUUUUUGAGGUAUUUUUGCAUGUAUCACAUUGAGUCUGUGAGGUAGAGAAAUCAGGUGAUAGGUAAUUUAAACAAUGAGUAAACAAAAGUUACUUGCCCAAGGCAUACAGCUGGGUGGCAAUAGGACAAGAGUUAGCUUCAGCUAACAGUGCUGUGUGUUUACAGAGUGCUGCCCUAUAAAUGUGAGCUUUAAGAUGUCAUUUUCGUGUAGUCCAUACAUCUCCUUUCCCCUAGUUUUCAUACAGAUAAGCAAAAGAUAAUAUUAUAUAAUCCAUCUGUGAUACUCAGAAUAAUAUAAAUGGCAAGAAUUGGUAGAAUUUUAUAAAUAAAGUAAUUAUUAAAUCCUUCUCUUGUGUUGCCGCUCUGUCAUGUGAGGUAGAAUGCAGAGUAUUUUUAAUUUCAAAACAACUUUUUUAAAAAAAAGAACUUUUUAAAAACUUUCUCUUUUAGUAGAUCUUGACUUCUGAGGAUAGCAAAAUUGCUUACUUUGUCAUAGGCAUUCCACCAGAGUUAUGUGAAACAGGAAGAUUAUUUUCUUGUGGCAGUUCAUUUUAAAGGUAAAUAUAAUCAGCUAUAGGAAGACCUCACUUUUAAGAAAUACAGCCUACAAAACAUAUUUAUCUUAUGCAACAGAUAAAACUGCAACAAUAUUACUUGUAAAAUUAUGGCCUACAGAAUAUAUUCAAUAGCAGAUGCUACUAGUUCGUGGAGAUUGAUUUUCUCAUUUACAGUUACUUUUUCCACCCUCCUUUUCAGGAAAGCAUUUUUUGCCCAGAGUGAUGUUUACUCAUGUUAACUUACAAAUUAUUUAGAGAGAGAGAAGGAGCUGGAACUAAAAUGUAAAGUUCUGAUACAGAUGCACUGCAGUACAUUUGACCUCUCAACACAGGUUUGAACUGCACAUGUCCAUUUAAAUACAGAUUUUUUUUUCAAUAAAUACAUACAGUACAACACGAUCAUCAGUUAGUUCAAUCCUGGAAUAUGGAACUACAGGCACAGAGGGCCGGCUACUGCAGUAGGUCCUAAAAUCAAUCCCCUGUGGAUACUAAGGAAAGCCUGGGCUUUUGUGGGUGCCAGUGUUUUAAUAGGAGAGGAAUUGGAAGCUGAGAGUUCUAGAAACUAUAUCCUGUCAUCUUGGAUCAAGCAUUUGACCUGGGGAGAGGAAUGAUUUGUCAUGUGGAAAGAGAAGUAGACUUCUUUCCUGUCCUAAAGAACCAAACUACACUACAAGUUAUAGGGUAACGCUCCUAACAAAUGAUGCUUCCCAACAGACGAGAAGGCCUUUCUAAAGAGUAGGAGAGAAUAGUAGUAAAUUCUCCAUCACUCAAGUGUUCAAGGGGAGAUUUUAUCAGCAGGAUGUUUUAGAAGAGAGUCCAUCACUAGUACAGAAGUUGGUCUAAGUGAUUGAAGUCCCUUCCUAAUUUUAGAGUCUCUUCUAAGCAGUUAUGACCUACCACUAAUGCACUGAAUUUGCUCCUGUCAUAGUUUCUGAAUAGCCUUUGGUUGGACCGCAGGUGUGGCCUGCAGUGACCUGACUCCAGCUCCGUCACUGGUCAAAGGACCAGGCUUCUGUCCAGCAGUAUGCCUGAUCCUGGGGGGAAGCAGGAUGUGGCUGAGACCCAGGAUCUCAAAUCCUCGGCCGGCACUGUCCUGCUGCGGUAGGUUUUCAAGUUGGAGUGCAGAGGAGGCUCUGGGGCAGAGUUACUUUGUUUACAACUCUAAGGCUUUUUGCCUCUAAACCACCAUGUGGAAGCCCUGUUUGCUUGUGUGCUGGAUUAGGUUCUGUGGAGCUGCAGGGACUACUUUUGCCCUGGUACAGGCCCGGCCUUGACCGGAACAGCCCAGGGCCUCCUUGGCAACUUCUCCUUUUACCUAAGUCCUGGUUUUUCCUGAGAAUUCUUAGCAUUCUAGUGUGGAUAAGAGGCAGAGAAAGUCAAAUGCAAAGGAGAGUUGUUUUCCUUCUCUGAAGCCUAGAGCAGACUUUCAGAAAUCAAGUAAUAGGUAUCCUUCCUUUAACAGAAACAAAAAACCUCUCACAGAUCUCAGUGUAGACCUUUUUUCUUCCUUACUAUUAUUUAAAUGGAUACAAACAUGGAGAAUAAACUCCUUGCUUACAAUUUUUAUAUGAAAACCAAAUUUACAAUUAAAAUAUCAAGCUAUUAAACCAGUCAAUUUUCAAUUCAGAUAGGAGUUUAGUGAGGUGAUAAUGUCGCUCAAAUAGAAUCACAAUAAACUCCCUAACAGUCCUGCAGAACUGUCCUCACUUGCGAUUUUACUUGCUUCAAGCGCCAUCCUGUCUCUGCCCAGAUAACUGAAACCUGCUGACAAUGCUGAUGAUGCAUUUAAUCCUGCUGGGAUUUAUCACCCCAUGUCCCUAACAAUCCCGCACGGAUGUGGUGUGGCUCAAGCUGCCAACUCCCAUUGGCCGAGACGCCCUGGAAAGAUUUUUUAAAACGUCAGCUUUGUGUGUUCCCUGAAGCUUUGAAAGAACUCACCAAUAAAAUUGCCUAGGCGUGGUACUUUUUUGAGAAGCACUUUUUUUUCUACAACAUUCUCUGGUUCUUCUUCAUCCUCUUCUUGGUUCACUCUUGAUCAUUUAAAACACAGAUGCCAAAAAAUUAACCAUCCAGAUUUUCAAACAUAUUUGCUUAGGAAUUUAUGAAUCAUUCUCUUAAUUCUUUUAAUUUCCUCUUUUGCCAGAGUCGUGUUUUCUUUCUCAUUUUUAACUUUGUGUAUGAAUAGUGUCUCUAUUUUUUUAAAUAGGUUAAUGAGCAUUUUCUAAUUAAUUUUUACUUUAUUGAAGUUUAUUGUGUUCUGCUUUUCUAAAGUUUGUUUUGAUCUUUUUUCCAUCUGAUCUACUUCAAAUGCAUUUAUUUUCUUGCUUGUUGAAGAGCAUGUUUAUAGCUAGUAGAAGAAUUUCUUGGAGUAAGUAGACUUUAGGCUAGUCAGAAAGACUUUAAAAUACAGCAUUAUCAUUAUUUUCUAAAUCUGUUUUGAGUCAAGGGUAGUGUCAUUAAGGAUUUUACUCAUACUUUUGUUAAUUUCUAGUUUUUAUACACUUGGUUAGAAAAUGAGAUCUGUACUCUUUCUGUUGUCAUUUGCAUAUUUUUAUUGAAUUUAUUAUUGUUUCGCCUGUCCUCUGUACAAAAACUUUUUUGAGAAAGUUGGUAUUGGUUUGGAUAUUUUGAACCAGUUUGAAAGAUUUUUGGUGUUUUUUAGAUUUGCUCAACUUGCAUUUUUGUCUGUUUCAUUUCUAGUAGUUACUGUUACAUAUUUUAAACGAAUGUAGAACUUUAUUUAUAAAUGUUUCAUCCUCAAAAAUUAAAAUAUGGUUAUUGACUCCUUUCACUGAAAGAUGGGGAAAUUAGGUAUUACAUUUCCUCCCACUCCCAGUUUUUCUUAAUAAGCUCUGAGAACUUUAUCCAGGUCUACUAUACUUGAUUUCAUCUAUUUUAAGACUCCUGUGUUUUCACAUUACCAUCUCUGAAAUUGGGGUGCUUUAAGCAAUGGCAUGUUAAUAUAGCUGCUCCCCCCUAGCAGAAGGAUGAAAUUGUCUUUGCUUGCACAUGCAGGCAUUUGGCAUAGCUGGAUAAAUACCACUUCCUGAUGUUUCAGUCAACAAACCACUUAAGGACCAUUUGAGGGGAAGAUAAGAGUCCUAAUUGUUGUCUGAAAAUCUUUUAUCAAUACCUCUUGGUAAGAUUAAGAACAUGCCAGCAUAAAAUUUUACACAAUGAAUGUCAGUAGAUUAGAAGAAAACCCUGGAGAUAGCAGAGAAAUUCUCUUAAAAUGCUUCAUCAUCAUCACAUCUCUCAGUGGUGCAGAGAACCCUCUGCCUGGAAAACCUCAGACGUCUAUGAUGCUGCAUCAAAAUGUGACUCAAGAGAUACAGCCUCAAAAUGGGAAGACAUUUUAGAAAUAUUUUAAUUUAUUUAACUUAUAGUUUCCUUUUUUAUGUAAUCAGAGAAUGCUACAUAAUAAAGUCUUUAAAAGCUCUUUAAGCAAGAUAUAAAAUGAAAAUUCUAAAUGACAAAAUAAUCUGUUUAAUUAAGAGUGUUUCUUAGCAGGAUGUGGUACCUCUUAGAUUUGAUGCUGUCAUGAAUACAAUGUAAUUUGGAAGUUCUUUUUAAAUGUUUUCCUUUGCACCUUUUCUUUCAAGAAUUAAUAGGUUGGCUUUUAGUUUGUAAUCCCAUUAUCACAGCUAAUUAAACUUUAUUUGUGCAUGAUAUAACUUAUUCAUAAAUUUUAAAUGGCAGUUCAUUUCUCAGCUGGGAGCUGUCUUAAAAUAGACUUUUCUCUUCUGAAAGUGUUUUUGGCAGAUACUCUUCCUGAGGUUUUAUUUAUUUAUUUUUUUCCGCAUCUAAUAGCUAUUUACUAAGUGCAAGAUUUUUAGUCAUGUUAUUGCUCAAAGAGGUUUUACAUUUUUAUUAAUUUAUAUAGCCAUUUAAUAUAAAUGAUGACUUUCCCUAAAAAUAAUUCUUAAGUCACUUUUUUUUCAUCAGAAAUCUCUUUUUUAUCAUUUAGUGUUACCAAGAAGUUAAAUAUUUCCCUGCUGUAUUAUAUAUGUUAUGUAUGCGUGUGUGCGUAUAAUUUGUUUCCUUUUUGUAGGUGAGCUGUUUUUUGAGCCUCGGUGCAUGGAUGUCUUUUGUAUAAAUCCUUUCUAUAAA